AUGCAACUCCCCUCCUCUCCAGUUCUGACAAUCGCCAUCUUUUUCCAGCACAAGCAGUACAGUAGCAACCCUCCCAGCCCCUACCUUUCCUCCAAAAUCAGAUUCGUCACGCGCGCCGCCUCUCAAGAAGACUCGACGCCGACCCGCAUGACGCCAGUCCCUCUCGUCACCAAAGCGCCGCCGCGGUGGCGUGCGCCUGGCGCGGCGCGAUUUGUCCUCGCCGCCGCCUUGUUCCUCCUCCUCCUCCUCGCCUCGUCCGUCCCUCCCAUCGCCAAUGCCGCGCGCGUCGCCGUUUCUUCGCCGGAGGACCGGCGGAGUCUGCUGUCGCGUGCCACGUCAGCGCAGCUGACGGAGAUUCAGGGCGCGCUGGCGGCGCUGGCGGCGGGGAGCCCGGCGUUCCUCCUCAUGGCUUCGCAGUCAGAUCUGGUAACCACGCUGCGCGACAUUCUCCAGGGCAACAAGAGGGCCACCAUCCUCAUGCCCCUGCCCAACGCCAUGGAUGCUGUAGUGGGCGGAGCAGUCACAGUCUGUAACGGGUACAAUACAGACGAAACUACACUCUAUCAAAUCAUUGAUGGAUAUAAGUCACACGCGGAUCUGCUAGCGGGUGCUCCUGGCACGCAGUACACAACGCUGCUUCCAGGAAAUUACCUGGUGAAGAACAGUGCGAGCAAUGCAACGCACGUGGUGCUGCAGGCGCCAUCCAAUGAGCGCAACGCCACCAUAGUAUACCCCAACCUGUACAAGGGCACAUCCUUCUAUGUGCAUGGCAUUAACAACAUACUGGUGCCAGACAAGCAAUGA